AUGUCCAACAUUAUAAGAAAAGACAACUACGUGGGAACACUUGAGAAAGUGGCUAAUACUUUGAAAGGGCAAUCGACAUAUAUGUAUCGACGAAAUGUUGCUAAUCAACGCAUGCAUUUUCAAGACCAGGAACCUGCCGAUUUGUUCAAUGAUUAUGUAUUACGAAAAGCUAAACAACAGCAAAUCGACAAAGAGCUCUAUUUAGAACCCAACACCAACGAAGUAGUUGCAGUUAUGAGUUUAAAAAAAACCCUAAAUACUGUGGAAGUAUUCGAGAGAUUGGAGCCGAUCGAUUAUACGUAA